AUGGUUACCGCACUGGUAGCGGCGGCCGAAGAUAAGGACGAGGAGGAGGAGGAGGAGGAUAACGACGACGACGGUGGUGACGACAAAGAGGAAGUAGAACGCAGGGAAGAGGACGAGGAGACGGCGGAUUCGCGUGGUUCGGCGGCGGACAUCGCGAGCGUUACGGCUGCGGCGGCUACAACAACGACAAUACGUAUAGACCACGACCAAUUGUAUCGGUUACGUGUCUUCCACAUACUUCCCACAAACGCUCAGGUCGGCGGCGACGUCGUUACACACGCGACUGGCGGCCAAUAA